GAAUUCCAGCCAGUAGAGGGCAUCAUCAUGGGGUUGAGGCUCAGAGGUCCUGUUCAACUCGCACUUGAUGGUAAAGAGAGACGAUCCAGGUCAACGUGACGUGCCAUUGCUUCGCAGCAAACAGAACAGGAGGGUUAAACAGCAGAAAUAUGAGUACCAUGGAUCACAGUCUGACACAUCAGACGUCCCCACAGAAACCACAACCACAACUUUUGUCACAACACAACUUCAGAACCUUUGACACAGAUGUAUAUAUGCACAGAGACAAUUAACAAAUGGCAAGAUACAACCUCUAGAACAGCUGCGUUCUUUCUGACCGAAGAAUUAGGCCAGCGGGUGUACGACCAGUACUUUCCUCAUCAUUAUAUCCUAUAAAGUUGGUCCUUCGAGCCGGAUUGUACACCAGCUGCGUCAUGGCUGCUUCUCGAGAUGUCCAGGGUGAAGCACAUCAGCCUGAUCCUCGCCCCAGUCGGAGAAGACAACCUCCAGCUUAUCUAGAGGACUAUGUGCUCUACCACCCUCGCCAGUCAUCCCCCUUCAGACCACACAUGCGAUCAACAGGGCAUGCAACACAUGCAAGUCAGAGCAACAUUUCUUUCCCAUCUGAGGGAGCUACCGCUGCUAGAGCCUCUGUAUUAGAUCGACUAGAGGAGAGAUGGAGAAGUUUAAGCACUGAAAUGGAACAGCUUACUGUGGAAAUGGAGAAUGCAAAGCGUGCCUCUUAUCCAUUAAGUACAAUGGGCUUUUCUCAUGAGCAUCCAAGAUUAACCUCUCCUUAUCACCAGUAUAGUAGCAGUUUGCCACAUUCAUUUGGCCAUGCACCUGUCACUACUACCCACACUGGAGACAGGCCUCCCUCAGAUUACAUGUUAGCUCCCCAAACAUUAUGGACCAAAUCCCCUAGUCACACUUAUGUGCAAGAGUUGAAUCCAUUCUUGUCUCAGCCACUCAUUCAAUCCACUUCAUCAAUGCUUCAAGGAGCAGCUUCCAGAGUAGGAUCCUGGUUAGAUAUGACAGACCAUCAUAGGCCUCUGGCGACAAUGGUAGGCCUGACCAAGCAUGCAGCGAGUGUUCCAUCAGAUGGCACUUCUACACCAGCAUCUUAUGGUUCACCAGAGAGGGCAUCCAUAGAGCACUACCCCGUGGCAUCUCUGGCGCCCCAGCCAGCGCCUGCACCCGCACUACCUCUGCUAGGCCAGCCAGCGCCCAUACCUGCACAGCCUCCUCCAGGCCAGCCAGCGCCCGCGUCACCUCUGCCAGGCCAGCCAGCGCCCGCGUCACCUCUGCCAGGCCAGCCAGCACCCGCGUCACCUCUGCCAGGCCAGCCAGCGCCCGCGCUACCUCUGCUAGGCCAGCCAGCACCCGCACAGCCUCUUCCAGGGCAGCCAGUGCCAAUGCAGCCUCCGCCCAUUCAACUUUAUCCGCCAGUGCAGCUACCUGCUGGGCCUUGGUAUCCACCUUAUGGGAUACCACAACCUGGGCAUUAUCCUUGGUACCCAUACCUGUACCAUGUGCCUCAACCUGCGGCCUACCCUGCAGCUGAUACAGGAGCACCUAACUUGAUGGAGAUGGCCAUCGCUUCAUCCUAUGGGAUACCGAAGCCUAAAUUGGUUGCAUUCUCAUCAGGCAAAGAGAGUGACUUUAUUCUCCUGAAGAAAGGUCUGGACACAGUCUUGGGGCCUCACCGACAUCUGACAGAGGAUUAUAAGUUUCAAGUUCUCCUUGACCUUGUGAAACUUCCUGCAGCUUAUCAGAUAGCUAAGAGGCAUCUUAACAGUCCACAGCCCUACAGCGCUGCGAUGCAGGCUCUGGAGCAACGGUACGGCCAGCCACGAUCCCUCAUACAGAGUGAGCUGAAGGCCCUCCAGCAAGCUCCAGCUGUCCGGAUGGGUGAUGCCCAAGCACUUGAAGAUUUCAGCACAGCAGUUAGCUCACUAGUGGGAAUGCUACAGUCGACAAGUGGGCCAGCCAGGUAUGAGCUGCAGUGUGGUUCGCAUGUUGACAUCCUGCUUAGCAAACUUCCUAUGAGCUACAGAGAUUCCUUUGUAGAACACUGCUUGAAGCGAGGCAUCAUAGCCAGUGGGUCUGCUAUGACUUACACUUUGAUUGACCUGGCGUCCUGGCUGGAAAUUAAGUCUCAAACCCUACAAAUCUCUCGACGAGCCACUGAAGGCAUUCAGGGAGAGCCUGCACGUCGAGAUACCAAGUCCUCCAAACAGACAAAAGUGAAGUCAUCCACUGUGUUGCUAAACACUGCUGCUACACUGAAGGCAACUGCACCUUCCACAUCGCCAAAACACAAGCGUGAGCGAUUCAAGCCCUUUUGCCCAUAUUGCAAGUCCAACGAGCACUACCUGAGUUCAGAAUUCACCAGCAUGAAUACAUCUCAGAAGUCAGAUUGGAUAAAGGAACAGAACCGCUGCUGGAGGUGUGGUAGAGGGCAUAAACCCGACAAGUGCACUCUGAAGAAGCCUUGCGUUUCCUGUGGAGAGCAGCACCUAUUGACAUGAGGUCGCAUCUAUGCAACAGCCCGGUGUCCUUACCGUCAGCACUGUAUCCACAGUUGUCUGUGAAGAUUCUCAAUCAUCCAGGUCAUAGUAAACUG